GGGGCAGCCUGGGGGCUUAGGAGGGGACCCGACCAUGGAGCGGCUUUGGGGUCUACACCAGAGAGCGACCAUCUACAGGCCUGUGAGGGACCCACCGCAGGGCCGCCUAGAGGAGGAAGAGGAAGACGGGGCAGAGGGGGGACCCAGGCCACAAAGCCACUUCUGCCCCAUGGAACUGCGGAGCCCCGAGGCUGGGCGGCGGCAGGGGGUUGUCUGGGCAGUCGUAGGCCACAGGGCCACCCCCUACCUGGUCCUGACUGCCCUGCUCAUCUUCACUGGCGCCUUUCUUCUGGGCUACGUGACCUUCCGAGGGUCCUGCCAGGCCUGUGGGGACGACGUGUUGGUGGUCAGCGAGGAUGUCAGCUAUGAGCCGGACUCAGGACAGGGCCCACUGUACCGGAGUGAUCUGCAGGCCAUGUUCCUGCGCCUGCUGGGGGAGGGCUACCUGGAGGAGGCGAUCAGGCAGACCAGCCGUCGGGCCCGGGUGGCGGGCUCUGCAGGGAUGGCUGCCCUGGCCCAGGACAUCCGUGAGGCGCUGUCUCGCCACAAGCUGGACCACGUGUGGACAGACACGCACUAUGUGGGGCUCCAGUUCCCAGAUCCGGCUCACCCCAACACCCUGCACUGGCUGGACUCCGCGGGGGGACCCAGCGAGCCGCUGCCGCUGGAGGACCCGGACGUGUACUGUCCCUACAGCGCCACGGGCAACGCCACGGGAGAGCUGGUGUUCGCGCACUUUGGGAGGCCCGAGGACCUGCAGUGGCUGCGGGAGCACGGCGUGGAGCCCGAGGGGCGCAUCCUGCUGGUGCGUCUCGGGGUCAUCAGCUUCGCCCAAAAGGUGGCCAAUGCGCAGGCCUCCGGGGCCCGAGGCGUGCUCAUCUACCCGGACCCAGCCGACUUCUCUCCAGACCCCCCCAAGCUCGGCCUGUCCAGCCACCGGGCUGUGUAUGGACACGUGCACCUGGGAACCGGGGACCCCUACACGCCAGGGUUUCCUUCCUUCAACCAAACGCAGUUCCCACCCGUGCGGUCGUCCGGCCUCCCCCACAUCCCCGCGCAGCCCAUCAGCGCCCAUGUGGCCUCCCUCCUGCUGCAGAAGCUCAAAGGCCCUGUGGCUCCCCAGGACUGGCAGGGCCAGCUCCCUAGCUCCCCAUAUCGCUUGGGUCCCGGGCCAGGCCUGCAUCUCCGGGUGAACAACCAGCGCAUCUCCACCCCCAUCAGCAACAUCUUCGGCUGCAUCGAGGGCCGCUCCGAGCCAGACCACUAUGUUGUCAUUGGGGCCCAGAGGGACGCGUGGGGCCCGGGCGCGGCCCAGUCUGCGGUGGGGACGGCCAUCCUGCUGGAGCUGGUGCGGACCUUCUCGUCCAUGGUGAGCCACGGCUUCCGGCCCCGCAGGAGUCUCCUGUUCAUCAGCUGGGACGGAGGCGAGUUCGGGAGCGUGGGCUCUACCGAGUGGCUGGAGGGCUACCUCAGCGUGCUGCAUCUGCGAGCUGUGGUCUAUGUGAGCCUGGACAACGCAGUGCUGGGGAAUGACAAGUUCCAUGCCAAGACCAGCCCGCUUCUGAUCAGCCUCAUCGAGGAUGUUCUGAAGCAGGUGGACUCCCCCAACCGCAGCGGGCAGACCCUGUAUGAUCAGGUGGCUGUCGGCAAUCAGAGCUGGGAUGCAGAGGUGGUCCGCCCACUGCCCAUGGACAGCAGUGCCUAUUCCUUCACGGCAUUUGCCGGGGUCCCUGCGGUGGAGUUCUCCUUCGUGGAGGACGGCCCGGCCUACCCGUUCCUACACACCAAGGACGACACCUUCGAGAACCUGCACCAGCAGCUGCGGGGCCGCCUGCCCGCCGUGGCCCAGGCCGUGGCCCAGCUGGCCGGGCAGCUGCUCAUCCGGCUCAGCCACGAUCACCUGCUGCAGCUGGACUUCGGCCGCUACGGUGACGUGGUCCUCAGACACAUCGGCAGCCUCAACGAGUUCUCGGGGGACCUCAAGGCCCGCGGCCUGACCCUGCAGUGGGUGUUCUCGGCGCGGGGCGACUACAUCCGUGCGGCCGAGAAGCUGCGGAAGGAGAUCUACAGCUCAGAGGAGAGUGACGAGCGCCUCAUGCGCAUGUACAACGUGCGGAUCAUGCGGGUGGAGUUUUACUUCCUGUCCCAGUACGUGUCGCCGGCUGACUCUCCGUUCCGCCACAUCUUCCUGGGCCACGGGGACCACACGCUGGGCGCCCUGCUGGACCACGUGCGGCUGCUGCGGGGGCAGGGCUCCGGGGGCCCGGAGGCCGCCUCCUCCGCGCUGGCCCCGGGCUUGGGCUUCCAGGAGAGCCGCUUCCGGCGCCAGCUGGCCCUGCUCACUUGGACGCUGCAGGGGGCAGCCAAUGCGCUUAGCGGGGACGUCUGGAACAUCGACAACAGCUUCUGAGGCCUCCAUGCAGGGCCGAUUUCUGGAUGUGGCCCCAAAAGCAGAGGAAGAAGCAAAAGACCACAGUGGGGUCAAGACUGUCCAGUCAUUUGCUCAGGACCAAGAAGCCUCAACAAACUGCACAUCCUAGUGGAAAAGGAAAAUGCAAUAAAGU